AACAGAUCUAGAAGAAUCUAGAGCUCUAAUGUGCGUAAUUAAUGUUGAUAACAACGUAUUUUGUUGAUUUCUCUCAACAACCAGCAGCAGCUGUUCACGAUGGGAAAGCUUUCAAAACUUGGGGAAGACGCUGUGUUCGAUCAAUCCCCCAACCUUGAUGUCAACAAAUUACGACUCAGGCGAACGGGUAGCAUUAUGGAUUCAAAAAUUCGCAAUAUCAUGAGGGCUUUUAAAACAUCUACCUGUUAUUUACCUGAAGAAGAGUUGGACAAAUUGAAAAAGUACCUAGGAAAAAGACAUUGCUCACAAAAGUGUAUUCAGUCGAUGAUUUUGGAAUCCGUGACAAUGAAAAGUUUAGAAUUAGUCGAACUAUUCAGCGCUUAUAGUUUAGAAAAUGACGAAAAGUCGAUUAUUCAAGCUGUUAUAUUAGACGCUUCAGAUAUACUACAGCUGUUAAAGGAUCGCGGUUUCAACCCAUUUGUAACAAGACGACUUUUAGAACCUCCAUUUUGCAUAAAUACAAUGGAUAUUGCAUUAAAACACGGAAGUCUGAAAUGCGCGGAGAUAUUGAAAGACAUUAUGUCACCAGAUCAUUAUUAUUGUGUAUCUGAAGCUAUAGCAAGAAACGAUUUGGGAUGCUUGAAAUUUCUGUCAAACAAUUAUCCAAGGGAAUUUCGCAAUGUUUUAACCUUUAGCAGUGCAGGAUUUUUGCACUCUGCAGUUGAAAAUGGAAACAAAGAAGUUGUGAGUUUAUUGGCAAGGGAAAGGGCGGACUGCAAUGCCGUUGCACAAAACAGGACGCCAUUAAUGUGUGCAUUGUGCCCAUUUAUCAUUGACGAACUUGUGUUCCAUGGAGCUGAUGUAAACUUUGAAAUCAGCAACACUUUAAAUGGUUCUACAGCUUUAUUAAACGCAGUUUCAGCAAGCUUUUUCACAAGAGUGGAAGUUUAUUUAAGAAAAAUUGGCAGUUGUUUUGACCGAGUAGCGUCAAUCCAACGUGUUUUGAUUCUGGUAAAAACUCUGGUAGAUCAUGAAGCGGAUAUCGAGGCUACAAACCCUCAAGGCAACACAGCCCUGAUGCUGGCGGCAGCAAAUGGUACAUACACAAACAUUCUGGAAUAUUUGAUCAAAGCAGGAGCUUCUAUAAGACACACAAACAGAGAAGGAAAAACAGCGUUGCAUUUGGCCGUUAAGAACAAUUGUAUUGAUAACAUCAACAUUCUUAUUCAGUCUGGGGCUGAUUUGAAUAGCAAAUGUAACAUGGGGUUCACUCCCUUGCACGAGGCUGUCAUUGCGGGGAAUGUACAUGCGAUAAGUAUUUUAAUAGUAAAAAGAGCGGAUCUAUCGCUAAAAGACAACAAGGGAAAUAAUCCACUCCACACUGCCGUAUCUCUGGGAAGCCAGGACGUUAUGCAGAUGAUCUGCUACAGUGUGAGCGACUUUAACGACACGAACAACAACGGUGACACAGCCCUCAUGCUAGCCUGUCAAAACCUUGACCUUGAUGCUAUACAAAUACUGGACAAAAUGGGGGCUGAUCUAACAGUCGUUAAUGAAACUAAUAACAAAACUGCCCUUGAUUAUGUGUUGAACAGGAAAUACGAUUCUAAAAACAGGGACAAAGUUUCCAUUUGCGCCGAAUAUCUGCUAGAUAGGGGUGCGGUGACGCUAAAAACGACCCCAUAUAAUUUUCACUUGUUACUAUUUGAAAGAAAUAUUUCCCUGAUACACAAACUCAUUGCGACCGGUCUAAAACCUUCUGAGCUGGAGCUAAACCUACGGGACGUAACCCAUCACGGUAGUACUGUCAUUCUCUCCCCUCUCAUGUUCGCGGUCGUAUGUAACGAAAUGGAGAUCGCUCAGUAUUUUUACGACAUCGGUUUUUUGACGGCUUCUGAUCUACAGCCAGGUUCCUGUUUUGAAACCGUUGAAAGCUACGUCAGACAGAAGGGCAACAUGAAAAGUUUACAGUUCCUCCACCACUUCUCCCCACGAACUGCCACCCUCCAGAACUUCUGCUUCCUCGCUGUCUCGUCUGCUAUAGGCUUCGGUCCCAAACGUGAGUCCAGAAUUCGAGGCACCGGUCUGCCUAACGUUUUCCAGAAAAAACUUCUUCUAAAACCUGACACGUUAGCCAACAGUGACGUGGGUAGGGGCUCCGUCAGAGACGACUACAGAUUUGAAAAAGUUUUGUCUGACUUUGAUAGGUUCUGUGUUGCGAAACCACAGUAGAUGGUUACAUUGUACUGGGUACAUCUUCAUUAUUAAUUGUGUAAUUAUUAAUUAUAUGACGUCGAUUUGUUUUUUCUUUUUCUCCAACUGGUUUUCUCAAUAAGUCGAUGGUUUUAUUCAUUUUACCCAAGACUUUAUUGUUUUUAUCUACAGUUAUUGUAUUCUACAUACAUUAAAAACUUGAUGAUAAAAAUAAUACUAAAUUUAUUACUUCAAGAAAUGUUCAACUUAUGAAAGUUUUGCGGAGGAACUUCUUUUAAGAAUAAACCAGAUGUUAAAUUAAAAGGAUGUAAUGUAAUGCAUAUUUUAAAGUAUACUUUUUUAAUAUUAUAAUGAUUGGCUUGUACUUUUUAAACUUUAACUCACAAAAUUCCAUUAUUCAGAUUUCUUUCUAUGCUUUUGAUCAGAUUAAUGAUUUUACUUAAAAAUAUACUAAACUCCUCUCUGUAUAGACCAUUGUAUCAGUAUUAGGGUUAUAAUUAUAUAUAUAUAUAGCUUAGAAUACAUUUGUAAUGUAAAUGUUAUCAAUGGUGAUGGAAAUUUAAUUUAUUUUUGUCGGCAUGGUUGAGGUAUUAGUCCAAUUUCCCAAUUUUUAUAUGGAAAUGGUGAAUGUAUUGCACACAAUUUUUUUUACGAAUUGUAAGUUUUGAUACAUGGUGCUUACCUUUUUUCCUUAAAAUUUUUUGGGUUGAUAUUACAUAGGUUUGCAAGUGUGUUUUUACAUAAUAAAUAAUAAUAUGCCUAAGCAGUAAGUUAAUUAAAGUAAGAAUUUAUAACAUAUGUUAAGAUUUAUUUGAAUGAGUGGAAGAUGAAAGUAUAUUUUCAACUUUCAAUGCUGUAGAAAUAAUAGAAUGUAUUGAAAAGUCGUUUUAUCUUUGACAUUAAUGCAUGUUUAAAAAAUGCCUCGAUGGUAUGUUAGUAAGGUUUUGAUUAUGUGCAGUUUUGAGAGACUAUUAUGUUAUACCUAAUUUAUUUGUUGGUUGUUAAUAUUUAAAUCUUUCUAUUUGAAAGUUAAUAAAACGUUGUCAAUUAUAAUUUACAUAUCUGUAUCUUUAUGGAAUGGAGAGGAAAAGGGAAUAAAAGAUAUA